AAUUCAGUGGUAAAGAAAUGUGUAAUGGAAAAGGCUUGGUCGUGCUGCUCCUCGGGGUAAUCCUGAUGGCAGUUUCUUCAUCCGGACAAGGCAACUCCUCAAAGAAAGUUAUCUGCUACCAGGGAACUUGGUCCGUCUACCGACCUGGUUUGGGCAAGUUCGGAGUGGAGGAUAUCGAUCCAUUCCUGUGCACCCAUCUGAUCUACGCCUUCCUGGGUAUCGAGGAGACGGGUCAGUUGCGGGUCAUUGACGCUUAUUUGGAUCUGGAGGACAACAGUGGACGUGGGAAUAUCAAGAGUUUUAAUGCACUCAAGUUAAAAAACCCAGUGCUUAAGACGUUGGUGGCUGUGGGUGGUUGGAAUGAGGGUUCUAAGAGGUUCUCUAUUGUGGCCAGCGAUCCAUUAAAGCGUGCCAAGUUCGUAGACGAUGUGGUCAGGUUCUUGCAACGCCAUGGAUUUGAUGGUCUAGAUUUGGAUUGGGAGUAUCCCGGCCAGCGACACAGUUUGGAGAACGAUGAUCGCUCGAACUACAUAACGUUUUUAAAGGAACUGAAAGAGGGCUUGGACCCCUUUGGCUUUAUGCUGACUGCUGCUGUGGGUUCCGCCCAGUUCUCCGCUGAGAUAUCUUAUGACAUUCCGGCCAUUGUUCCUUAUCUGGAUUUUUUCAAUGUGAUGGCGUACGACCUGCACGGACCUUGGGAUCCACUGGUGGGCAUUAAUGCUCCGCUUUACGGCUCUACAAGUGACACAAAAGAUCUGACCGGUCGGCAGCAGCAGCUUAAUGUGGAUGCCAUAAUUAAGUAUUGGUUGGAGGCAGGAGCUCCGCCAGAAAAGCUGGUUUUAGGAGUUCCCUUCUACGGACGCACCUUUACCUUAACCAGUGCCGAAGACAACCAGCCAGGAUCUUCGCACAUAGGAAAAGGAAUAGCAGGAAAUUAUUCGCGCGAACCGGGUGUCCUGGGCUACAACGAACUCUGUGAACUGAUGCAACAGGAGGAGUGGACUAGGAAGUGGGAACCGAAGCAGCAAGUGCCCUACGCCUUCAGGGAACGCCAGUGGGUGGGCUACGAGGACACGAGAAGUCUUUCUCUCAAGGCGCAGUAUGUGAUGGACCACUACCUGGCCGGCAUUAUGAUCUGGUCCCUGGAGUCGGAUGAUUUCCGUGGCACCUGCGGUCAGCAAAAGUAUCCUCUACUGCACGAGAUCCAUCGCGUGUUUUUCGGCGGCAACACUCCCUCUGGCUUGACCGCCGAAUUAAAGGAGGACAAAAUUGAGGGUUUUAGGUGCUCAGUUGAAGUUCCUGAUGGAUACAUUCGUGAUCCGUACAACUGCUCGAAAUUCUACUACUGCAGUGGGGGCAAUACCAACAACUUCGAAUGUCCCACUGGCUUGAACUUUGAUUUAAACACGAAGAGCUGCAACUACUCUGGAUCAGUAAACUGCUAAUAUUUAUUUUUUUAACAAAAUGUA